AUGAAAAUUUGGUUGGGUUUUGACGUGGACGCUUCACAUUUCAGAUUGAACAAUGUGUUCAUCAUCGGUAAGGGCACAAAAGCAUUGGUAAGUUUACCGGGUGCAACGAAGGGUGUAAGAUGCGAGAUGGUAAUAAAAUCAUCAAAAUUGUGGGCAGUGUUGCAAGGUGUAGUGUGUGUUCAUAAAGCGAGAGACGUUUCGUUGGCUGCACUCAAAAAGAUUCUCACAUCAGCAAUAUGCUCGAAUGCAAAUGCUGCGGUUCGAACACCUGAAGAACAACUGCCUCUAAUUGACAUGCCCAUCGUUGAACCUCAUCCCAAAUCGCAAGCAUUGGUCAUUACAGGCUUACGGAAACAACUUGAUUACACGCAUCAUCCGUUGGUUGUUGGUGAACCGUUUCGGAAAGAGGAUAUCCGAGUUGAAGAACUCAAUUAUAUGGAACCAACCAGUUGUGGAGUUUGUCUAUUUGGCAUUAAUGAUGGAUGCGAUCAGUUGGAAGCAAUCAGAGAGCGUGCAUGGGUGAAUGAAUAUCGUCUGUUCGGGCAGUUAGGUCGAGAAACGUACAAGAAUGAAAUGCGUGGCAAAGUCAUCGUGAAAUGCUCCUAUGAUGGUAUCACACGGUACCAAAUGCAGAAACUCUUGUCUCGAGUUCAAGCGCAAUACAAACGAAUCUCGUUUGAGCUUGCCAACGUCGAUUUGCAAAGUCAAGAAGCUUUCGAAUUGGCACGAAAAGGAUUACCCCGACCCAAAAUUCUCGGCACACCGGUGGUGUACGGUAUCAGUUUGAACUCAUUCAAAGCACCGCAUUUCUCGUUAACGCUUAGUUGUGUCAGCGAAACGGAUUCGUUUCUGCGUAAUUUUGUUCGUGAAAUCGGCAUUUGUUUGGGUACGACAGCGUCGUGUAGACGUUUACGGUGCGCUCGAAUUGGACCAUUCGAUUCGAAUCAUUCGUUGUUGGAUAAACAUUUUACGCUCAAAAAUAUUAUCACGAAUAUGCGAAUGUGUCAGAAAAUGAUCGAUAGAGACGAAACGGAGAUGGACAAAGAUAUUGUUAAGAAUAGGCCGCAUAUUGCAGUAUCGGAACUGAUUGAAGACGAGUACCUGGAGUGUUUCGAGAACAAUUCGGAGGAAGAAGUUGUUGAAGAUUGUCUUAGGGUAGCAUGGGGUAGAGACUAUACGCAAGUGUAG